AUUCGUUAGUUGAUGGUCGGAAGAUUGGAGGAAUGUAUUGAAGAUUUAUUUACAAAAUAUAAAAAAAUAUCAACUUAUGAAGAAGUGCAAAUUAAUUUAUAAAACUACAAAAAAAAACUGCCAAUCGAAGAAUAAGUGCUAAUAAAUCAAAGAAUAAUUGAAGAAAGUUUGGUAUUUUGAUCCAAUAAAUAUAAUGAUCCGCCAAGGAAGUAUUGACGAUAUAAACGCACAACAGUUUCUGAAAAUAUCUAAUUAUGAGGAGACAGUACGUCAGUUAGACAUUUAUUAUGCCAUUGUAAAAAGACAGCUUUUGAGGUUCCAAAGUCCUAUUACUGGACUAUUUCCAGUUCUAUCAUCAGAUCUUCACAUAGGAAGUGUCAGAGACAGUAUUUACUGUGCAGCAGCUGUAUGGGGAUUAUAUCAAGCUUAUAGACGAAUUGAUGAUGAUCGAGGCAAAUCACAUGAGCUAGGACAAAGCACAGUAAAAUGCAUGCGAGGUAUACUCGAAUGUUGGGUAAAGCAAUCAGCGCGCGUGGAAUCCUUCAAGACUCGACAAAGCGCCGCCCACGCGCUCCAUGUCAAGUUCCAUCUGACUACAGGCGAGCCUGUGUUACCAGAUGACCAGUACCACCAUCUACAGAUAGAUGUUGUCUCACUCUAUCUGUUAUUUUUAGUACAAAUGAUCACAUCGGGACUUCAGAUUAUAUAUACACAGGAUGAAGUGGCCUUUGUGCAGAAUCUAGUAUAUUAUGUGGAACGUGCAUACCGAACGCCAGAUUAUGGAAUGUGGGAAAGAGGCACAAAGUACAAUGAUGGCAAACCAGAAAUACAUGCUUCAUCUAUAGGCAUGGCAAAAGCAGCCUUAGAAGCAAUCAACGGUUGCAAUCUAUUUGGUGAUAAGGGCGCAUCGUGGAGUGUUGUGUAUGUGGACAUCGAUGCACACAAUCGUAACAGGAGUAUAUUUGAAACUAUGCUCCCGCGUGAAUCCAGUUCUAAGGGUGUUGAUGCCGCAUUAUUGCCAACAAUAUCGUUCCCGGCGUUCGCAACCCAUGAAGAACAUCUACUCCAAUUGACGAAAUCAAACAUAUUACGUCGUCUACAAGGCAAAUAUGGUUUCAAGAGAUUCAGUCGCGAUGGUUACAAAUGCGUCCUCGAAGAUCCGACUAGGAGGUAUUAUAAUGAAGGGGAAAUGAAGGAGUUCGAUGGUGUUGAAUCUGAAUGGCCUUUGUUCUAUGUGAUGAUGAUCAUCGAUGGAGUGUUCCGUACUCAGCCGGAACAAGUGGAAGAGUAUCAGAGGUUAUUGAAAGCAAGGAUAUACAUGGACGAAUAUGGAGAUCCGGUGAUACCUUGGUACUAUUACGUUCCACGCGAGGGCAUAGACAAUGAACGUAAUGAACCAAAUUCGGUCCGCCGACUGCCAGCAAGCAAACCUGGUGAUGUUGACGAUAAAGACACGGGGGGCUUGUUCCUGUGGGCGCAGUCGCUAUUCGUGGUAUCGCAGCUAUUGACGGGUGGGUUACUUCACGUGAACGAGCUCGACCCGAUCCGCCGUUACCUGCCGUCGUAUAACCGGCCACGUCGCGCCGGCAGAUAUUCUGCUUUCCAGGGUAUAGCUACUGAUCUAGUGGUGCAAGUCGUGUUGAUAGCGGAGUCGAUGCGGCUUCAAGCUAUGAUGGGCACGUACGGCAUACAAACACAGACCCCGCACGAGGUGGAACCUGUACAGGUAUGCAGUUCCACUCAACUAGUGCAUGUGUACCGCGAGUUGGGUGUUUGCCCCAAAUUGAAGCUGACCGGUCGGCCGAUUCGACCCGUGGGGUCGCUUGGAACGAGUAAGAUAUAUCGGGUGUGUGGCAUGACUGUUUUGUGCUAUCCUCUAAUAUUCGAAGUUUCAGAGUUUUAUCUAUAUCGAGACAUGGCACUUCUUAUAGACGAUAUUAAAACGGAACUCCAAUUUGUGGGGAAGUACUGGCGGUUAUCUGGACGGCCAACUGUGUGUUUGCUCGUGCGCGAGGAGCAUAUGAGGGAUCCGCACUUCAAACAAAUGUUAGAUUUAUUCGCGAUGCUUAAGAAGGGCCACUGUGAUGGGGUUAAGGUUCGGCUCGGACGCUUGCAAAACCUCAUCUCUAGCUCCUGCAUGGAACACUUGGACUUCAUGAACCAAGGAGAGUUUCCGUCAGAAAUGUUCACUCAAUUCCGUCAACUCGAGCACGAGUACAUCGGCUACCAGUCUCUGACGGACGUUCCUCGCACGCUCACUUACCGCGAGGAGGCGCUCUCGUACGAAAGCUACAAGCAUCGCUCAACGCCCGACGUAGUGGCGGCAUUGAGGGCAACCGAUAACAUAUACGCCCAGUGUCAGCUGUGGGGCAUCCUAAUGGAGCGAGAAGGCCCUCUAUACGAGGUAAACGGCAGCACUGCUCUGGAGUCAUUGAAGAGCUUGUACCAUAGCGCGGGCGUGUUACGUCACUGGCGAGCGGUGCGGUACUGUUCCUCGCUGCUUAACCACACAGUCGACUCCAUCAGCCCAUUCAUCACAACCGUACUCGUUAACGGAAAACAGUUGACAGUGGGAGUUAUUGGUCACAAGGAGACUGUAUUCGAUAAGCCGAUGACCCCCGGCGAGAUACAGUCCGUCAUGUACUCUACGAUACAGCCAUAUGACGUCAUUGGUGCUGUGUUGCAGCAGGAGAUAGUGCUGUAUUGCGGGCGUCUGAUCGGCACCAAUCCGGAUAUGUUCCGAGGCAUUCUGAAGAUCCGCGUAGGCUGGGUACUGGAGGCUAUUCGCAUAUACUUGCAACUGUUCCCGAGUGAGAUACGAGCCGAUGCAACUCUAGAGAGCCUCUCGCCGUACAAACUACGCACCUUGUUGCAACGCGUACUCACUGUCUCUGACUGGGCUGACGAGAAAGGUUUGACUCCGUUACAACGUCGUCAAUUGGAAGGUUGUCUUUGUCGUGUACCUAAGCACUUUUAUAUACAUGUCUGGGACAUAUUAUUACGAACGCCCAAAGGAAUAACUGUUCAAGGCCACUGGAUACCGGCGGAUCCUACCCUGGUGAACAUGUCCCGCUCGGACUUGUCGUUCGCGUUACUGGUGGAGGAGGCGCUGGUGCGCGUGGCGGCGGCGCGCAGGCAGCUGUGUGUGGAGCUGCUGUGCGUGGCCGCCGCCGUGCUGCGCCGCAACCCGGAGCUGACGCUGGCACAACCGCUAGACCUGGACAAGUUGCUCGACGACGCACACUACACGUACGCUAAGGACAGCGGUAUGAGUGAUCUGUCGCGUGAGGCGUUGAGUUCAGCGGCCCCGGGCGUGUGUUUGGGAUAUUUGGCGCGGGCCGUGGUCAACAGCGUGUUGCACGCAGCCGCCGCACCGGAUCUCGUCACCUCCGCGCAACCGUCAUGCCUGGUCUCGUAAUCACCCGUCGAUAAUCACCGCCAUUAGUGAGAACUCGGUCAAAGUUAACAUGAAUCUUGAGAUUAGAAUUUCCAACCAUCAUACCGUUAUUUAUAAACUACUGAUAAAUAUCUUUUAUUAUAAGUAUAAGCAUAACUUUAUUACAAUACAUAAAUGAAGAAUUUUAUUAGCUAUAGGCAUAUUAUACAGAAGAAAUCAUUUUUGUGCCAUGAUAUUGGAUUAUAUUUGUAUUAUAGAUAUUUAAAUAUUUUUAUAUGUUUCUGUUUGCAGAAUAUUUAUUUGUUGUUUUUCGAAAUAAAACUUAAUGAUCAUGAG